CAGCUUUCACCUACUUAAUUCCUAGUAAGCAGUCGACUUAUAACAAGCCCUCUACCUAAUACUUAAUCUCCGCCCUCCUCUCCGUCAUCGCCUUCUCGGCCGCCGCCGCCCUCGCCCAGCCGCUCUCCAUGGCCGCCAACGCCGCCCAGUGGACCAUCACCGGCCUAUCGCGCGCCGUCGACGCCGCCGACACCUCUAGCGACUGGACCUUCGGCAUCGACAACGGCGCCGGCACCACCGCCGUCAAGUACACCGUCAAGGCGGCCGGCUCCACGCCCGCCACCCGAUCCCCCGGCGGCCCCGUCACCGUUGGCGAUUUCACCAUCACCAGCGGCUGGAGCGGCCAGUUCGGCGACGACAAGGGCUUUACUACCUUCUCCGUCGUCGACAAUGCGAAGCGCCAGAUCGUGUAUCCUGCCUACACCGACGCCCAGGUCAAGGACGGCCAGGUCGUCAAGCCCGACCAGAGCUACCCCGUCCAGAACCUCCCUUAAGCGGCGAACUCGCUAGCUAGCUAGCAAUGGGGUUCAGACCUGGGGAACGAAGUAAAUGGAAACGACAAGCAACGAGGCUAGGUUAAGGGGGCAGGGUAGAGUCCGGGGUUCCUUUUUGGUCGUAGUAUGUACAUAUGGCGACGAUGGGGAUUCGAUUCAUAGAUAUAUAUAAGUGUUAAUACGAAAAUGUAUAU